AUGCUCGGCCUCUUUUCUAAGGCGCUCUCCUACUUCUGGAGACGUGCAGGUGACGAGGAAAGAGAAGAUGAGAGAUGGGCGGCCUCAGGUGAUAAAGAAUUAAAAACUGUACAAGGAGUAGUGACAAGAUUUUGCCAUGAUUAUGGGAUGAUAGAUGACAUGAUAAUCUUCACAAAGGAUGCUGUUACAAAAAAUAUGCCUCUGACUGUUGGACAGGAAGUUACUGCCACUGUUGAAGAGGAUAAAACAUCAGGUGGCUUGAAGGCCAUCAGGGUGGAUGCAGCCCAGAAUACGUGGGGAGAGUCCAAUCCUACUUGUGAUGCUUCUGAACUAAAUAUGAAAAUAUUAAUUGGCAAUAUUACCUCUCUCUCUAAGGAUGGUGGCUAUAUUAAUCAGAAUACUUUUUUUGCAAUGGAAGACGUCUGUGAAGGUUUCAAACCUUGUGAAGGUGACUGGGUGCAAGCGAAAUAUUUUAUUAACCCAACAACAUGGAACAGUGAAGCAGUUGCUGUAAAGCCUUUGAGAUAUAAGCAAAUAGAUAAGGUUCGCAUUUCCAGCAUCUGUGGAAGAAGUGGUACAGUAGAUGACAGUAUAUUUUUCACUUUGGAUUCACUGAGACUUCCUGAUGGCUAUUCACCUUGUAAACAUGAUCUAGUGAACACGAUUGUGGUGGAGAGUAAUCAGUCGUGUUAUAUUUGGAGAGCUCUCUGCUUGGUGCCAGUCAGCCAGGAUGGACAAUCUCACUCUAAUGGAGUCAGUCUGGAUGAGCCUUAUGAAAACUUAAUGAGAGACAAAGGAGGGUUGGAAGUAUCAAGAAUGACUAAUUUUGGAACUCUGAAGCAGGGGGAAUCUAAAAGAAUGAUCAUUUGGAUAGAGAAUAAAGGGAGUGUACCACAGUCCUUAAUCAGCUGCAGCUUAGCUGGAUGGGUGAAAGACAAGCAAUUCAGUCUUCAGAGUCCUCAAAAAUUGGAGGAACAACAUAUGAGUCAUUGA